AUGUCGAAUCCGUGGGAACAGGAACCGUCCAAAAGCGGCCUCGUCUCUCUUGGUCCAAACCAUAACCUGCAUCUGUCCGUAUCGGGCCCGAUCAGACAACCUGGCCAACCACUCGUCAUCAUAAUCCCAGGCCUCGGUUCCAGUGCAGCAGAAUGGGUCGCUGUACACCGAUUGGUAACACCAAUUUCUCGCGUCUUGCUCUACGAUCGCUCCGGGUACGGACUCAGCUCCGAGACGACGACUAGCCCUAUCACGGCAGCCGGCAUUGCUACGGAACUCGACAGUCUUCUUCGCACCGUGGAACUGUCUGGUCCGUUUGUGAUUGUGUGUCACUCGUGGGGAGGAAUCAUCGGCCGCGAGUUCUUACAUUUACGCCCCGACGAUAUAGUCGGGAUUGUCUUUGUGGAUGCUAAUCAGGAACUCAAUACAACGGAUGAUCCGUGGCCAUCCCCCUUUGUCCAGGCAGUCUCCCGCGGACUUGACUUUCUCGAAGUCACCGGGAUAACCCAAAACCACAAGCUGCUUCACUGUGAAUGGCAGGCAUAUCUCGACGAGGAGCACAGCGAAAAGCACGCUCGCGUCGUGGCCGCCGAGAUGGCCGGGUAUCGCGACAGCGGACCCUUUCUCGCAGAGAAGAAACAGCUUCAGGCGAAGGCACCUCUGUUAGGUGAUCGACCGAUUAGCGUUCUCAAGGGGCUUACUGAGAAAGACUUUGAAAAAGUAUACGAGGCCGGAAUCAAGGCCGGCAAUGGUACUGAAGAAGAGAGGAGGCAGUUCCAGGAGGCGUUCAAAACGUAUGGUGCGUUAACUGAAGCCUGGCAGAGAGGGACUAUGUCCCUGUCCAACAAUUCGAGAUGGGCAAUAGCGAGCAGGAGUGGACACAAUGUCCAGUUUACUGAGCCAGAGGUGAUUGUCGAGGAGCUGCAGUGGGUAUUGGCAAAUCUAGUGCCCUGA